CCUUCCCUCCCUCCCUCCCCGCGCCGCUCGCAGCCGCAGCCCCCGGACCCGGAGGAUUAUGAGCGAACCAUGAGGCGGCUGCGGCGCUGGGCGAUCGCGGCUCUCCUGCUGCUGCCGCUGCUCCCCCCGCCCGGUCUUGGGGCCCUGGGUCCCAGCGGAGCUCUGCAUUGGAGGAGCUCAGCCCAGAUGGGGAGCCCAGUGAGCCCAGAGGGCCCCGAGGUCACAGAGCCCAGCCGGCUGGUAAGGGAGAGCUCCGGGGGAGAGGUCCGAAAGGCGCAAGUGGACACCAGGGUCCGCCAGGAUCCACCCAGGGGGACGCCCGUGCACCUGGCCCAGGUGAGUUUCAUCAUCCCAGCCUUCGACUCAAACUUCACGCUGGACCUGGAGCUAAACCAUCACCUCCUGUCCUCGCAGUACGUGGAACGCCACUUCAGCCGGGAGGGGACCACCCAACACAGCACCGGGGCUGGAGACCACUGCUACUACCAUGGGAAACUCCGGGGCAACCCACACUCUUUUGCUGCGCUGUCCACUUGCCAGGGGCUGCACGGGGUCUUCUCUGAUGGGAACCUGACUUACAUCAUAGAGCCCAAAGAGAUGGCUGGGCCUUGGGGACCCCCUCAGGGACCCCUUCCCCACCUCAUUUACCGGACCCCUCUCCUCCCAGCCCCUCUCGGAUGCAGGGAACCAGGUUGCCUGUUUGCUGGCCCUGCCCAGUCUGCUCCUCCCACCUGGCCCAGGCUGAGGAGGAAAAGGCAGGUCCGCAGGGGCCACCCCACGGUGCACAGUGAGACCAAGUAUGUAGAACUGAUUGUGAUCAACGACCACCAGCUGUUCGAGCAGAUGCGCCAGUCAGUGGUUCUCACCAGCAACUUCGCCAAGUCUGUUGUGAACCUGGCGGAUGUGAUAUACAAGGAACAGCUCAACACAAGAAUUGUGCUGGUUGCCAUGGAAACAUGGGCAGAUGGGGACAAGAUCCAGGUGCAGGAUGACCUACUGGAGACCCUGGCCCGGCUUAUGGUCUACCGGCGGGAGGGUCUACCUGAGCCCAGUGAUGCCACCCACCUCUUCUCGGGUAGAACCUUCCAGAGCACCAGCAGUGGGGUGGCCUACGUGGGGGGCAUCUGCUCACUGUCCCGGGGUGGAGGUGUGAACGAGUACGGCAACAUGGGUGCUAUGGCGGUGACCCUGGCCCAGACGCUAGGGCAGAACUUGGGCAUGAUGUGGAAUAAACACCGGAGCUCGGCAGGGGACUGCAAAUGUCCAGACAUCUGGCUGGGUUGCAUCAUGGAGGACACUGGGUUCUACCUGCCCCGCAAGUUCUCGCGCUGCAGCAUCGACGAAUACAACCAGUUUCUGCAGGAGGGAGGCGGGAGCUGCCUGUUCAACAAGCCCCUCAAGCUCCUGGACCCUCCUGAGUGCGGGAAUGGUUUCGUGGAGGCGGGGGAGGAGUGCGACUGCGGUUCGGUGCAGGAGUGCAGCCGGGCGGGUGGCAACUGCUGCAAGAAAUGCACCCUGACUCACGACGCCAUGUGCAGCGAUGGGCUCUGCUGUCGCCGCUGCAAGUAUGAGCCGCGAGGUGUCUCCUGCCGAGAAGCGGUGAAUGAGUGUGACAUCGCAGAGACCUGUACCGGCGACUCAAGCCAGUGUCCUCCUAACCUGCACAAGCUGGAUGGUUACUACUGUGAUCACGAGCAGGGCCGUUGCUAUGGAGGCCGCUGUAAAACCCGGGACCGGCAGUGCCAAGCCCUUUGGGGCCGUGCGGCUGCAGACCGUUUCUGCUAUGAGAAGCUGAAUGUGGAGGGGACAGAGCGUGGGAACUGUGGGCGCAAGGGAUCUGGCUGGGUCCAGUGCAGUAAGCAGGAUGUGCUCUGUGGCUUCCUCCUAUGCGUCAACAUCUCUGGAGCCCCUCGGCUAGGGGACCUGGGGGCGGACAUCAGCAGUGUCACCUUCUACCACCAGGGCAAGGAGCUGGACUGCAGGGGAGGUCACGUGCAGCUGGCCGACGGCUCCGACCUGAGCUAUGUAGAGGACGGCACGGCCUGUGGGCCCAACAUGCUGUGCCUAGACCACCGCUGCCUGCCAGCCUCUGCCUUCAACUUCAGCACCUGCCCAGGCAGCGGGGAACGCCGGAUCUGCUCCCACCACGGGGUUUGCAGCAACGAAGGGAAGUGCAUCUGCCAGCCAGACUGGACGGGCAAAGACUGCAGUAUCCACAACCCCCUGCCCACAUCCCCUCCCACCGGGGAGACCGAGAGAUACAAAGGUCCCAGCGGUACCAACAUCAUCAUUGGCUCCAUCGCCGGGGCUGUCCUGGUGGCAGCCAUCGUCCUGGGCGGCACGGGCUGGGGAUUUAAAAACAUCCGUCGUGGAAGGUCCGGAGGGGCCUAAAGUGCCACGCUGCUCCCUCCGAGCCUGGCACCCACCGUCUCGGCCCCGGACCACGAGGCUGCCUCCACCCUGCCACAGAGGGAGGCACCAUGCAAAUGUCUUCCAGGUCCAAACCCUUCAACUCCUGUCUGCACAGGGGUUGGGGUUGGGACUGUGGCCUCAUCUUUCAGACCACCUGGGUGGAGGGGCCUGGAGGGGGGCACUUCCUGCCCAGUUCCCCACCCCACCUCAUGCGGCUCUGGCCUUGCACAUGUCUCCCCCCCCCCCCCCCCCCCGUGAAUGUAGCUCCCAUCGUCACAGACUGCCACAGCUCAGGUUGGGGCCUGGAGUGGCGCCUGGUGGGGGCAGGUAGCCACCAGUGGACAAGGCUGGCUGGCCCCUCUUCAGAACCAGGCAGCUGGAACCAGGGUGGUAGCUCUCUGGGACCUCAUGGGAAGGAGCUGAUCUACACGGUUUUUUCUUUCUUUUCUUUUCUUUUCUUUCUUUCUUUUUUAAGUGAAUCUUAACUAAUGAAUGUAACCUUGGGUUGCUGGGGCCAGGGGGCUGUUGUAGGGAAGUUUUGACACUUACAGGCGGGCCUUGAAGGCCCGCGGCCUUGAGACCUCCCAGAUCUCUCUCUGGAAGGCCCACACUGGAACCCAGCAGAGGCUGAGCAGCCCUGUGUGCCCCGCCUCCACCCAGCUUAGAAGAAGUCAGAGUGCUGAUUCAAACCAAAGCUGCCUGUCCCGUGCCCACUGCCUAGCUCAUGGGGGCCGUGACCCUCUGCCCCAGACUGUCUUCGACUCCAAACCAACCGUUCUGUCCCUGCCAGGGUGCAUGCAUUUGGGGGUAUAGAAAAUAUAGUCCCUAAAAUAAAAUGGCACCUUUCCCCUUUCAAGAAGGGUGAUUCUGGGGCUGUCUCAGGGUUCAAGUGCCCCCUGAUGUGGCCUGGCUCUUCCAGAGCAAGCUACCUUCCCAGGGAGGACUCUAGGUAGGGAGAACCAGGGGAGACCCCAGGGUUAGUGCCUGUGAUAUGUAAGAGACAUCAGGAAAGGGUAAGCCUCAUGGUAGAGUAUAGGCUACUAGGAAAGUCCUCAAGCCCCCCUCACCCCCCCAUCAAAACUCUAUUCAUCAUCCUCAUUCUGGGGCUGAGUAGUAAGUUUACAGAUGUUCCUCUGUCUGCCCUCCUCUGGUCCUUGCUACAGCCCAGCCCGAGAGCUGGGGCCAAGGCUGGCAGAGCUGCUCACCCCUCCCACACAGUCUGUUGUGGCCUCCUUCAGGACCCUAUGUGGGACAGAUGAGCUCUGGCCCCCUGCCCUUAAAGCCAGCUGGCUGGGCAGGGUGGAGCAGGCUCCCUUAUGGAAUGAAAGCCACAAAUGAAAGGAACCCCCUUCUUGGGGACACCCUACUCAGGCUAAGUAGUGGCUCUGGAUACCCCAGGGCCAGAGAGUUCCCCCGUUGUCUUCAACCUAUUUCUGAGGCCUCUCUGAGGAACGCUCAUGGAAAAAAAAAAAAAAUGGCUUCAUUUAUUUAAACCACCCCAGAGGCACCCUGGAGCCGAGGACCCGUUGGCAGCCUUUGGGAUGGCCAGAUGGUGUCGACUUCAGUGGGGUCCUCAGCACUGAGCCCCAGCUGGCACUGUCCUAGUGACGACAAGACAGCCUCGGCCACCAGCCCCACUAGCUGAGGACAGGGGAGGCUGGAGUUUUGGACAGUUGCUAGAGUACCUUGAGACUUGUAUUAGGUGUCACACCUGCACACGGGUGGCAGUGCACCUGGGCACAGACGUGUGACUCUACGCCUCUGCACCACUGUGAAGGCCUCUGCAUACAAGGGCAUGACCAUGUGUGUCCACGUGUCCUUGGUGGGAACAUGAACACAAGACUUCCCGUGACCAGUUCACCCCGGUCCCCGACUUUCCACAUCUCCUGCCCCACCCCAGCAGUGCCGGCCUGGCAGCACCCAGGAAGGAAUGGGGGGAGGGGGCUGCAUUCACCUGGCCUGGACGUGGGGUCCCUACACAUCCUGUAAAUAUGUCAUCUGGGCUGGGGUGGGGAAGGCAGGGCCAGGGGCCCACAUUAAAGAUUAAAGAUUACAUUCUGGGCUUCCGUGGAGCUCACAUCA